AUGACACAACCGAGGUCAAUUGAGUCUCCACUAGUCUUAGAGUUGAAGGCCUUGCCUGAUACUCUAAAAUAUGUUUUCCUAGGACCCAACAAGACCUUAUCAGUGAUCAUUGCCGCCAACUUAGAUAGUAAGCAAGAGGAAAGAUUAGUGGUGGUCUUGAUAGCACAUAAGGAAGCAAUCGGGGAUCGAGUUGAGGUUUUAGUGAAGUUGAUGCCAACUGGGUUCAGGUUCAGUCCCACCGAUGAAGAGCUUAUCGGAAUUCUUGAAAGGAAAGUUCAUGGCCAAGAAUUGCCUCUCCAUGCCCAUUUCAUUUCUGAAACAAAUGUUUAUGGGUUUGAUCCACAAGAUCUCCAAUGGGAUCAUAGCAUGAUGGCGACUAACAGCGAGAGAUAUUGCUUCGACUUAAGAACAAAUGACUCUCGAGAAGUAUUAGGUCGAGGAUGGUGGAGAGCUACAGGCCAUGUUAAGAAAAUUCAUAUCAAUCAACAUUUGGUGGGUUGCAAGAGACCUUUAUCAUUUCACAGGUUUUUAGAUAAUGAUAGAAAGCGAAAUAAAGCUUUGAAGACCAAUUGGAUCAUGUAUGAAUAUAGCAUUUCUUCCACCAGAAGUGAAUGGAGAAUUUGUAAGAUCAAACAUAAGGGGAAACCAAGUGUAGAAGAAGAGGUGGAGAAUCUGAAUAUGAAUGGAUAUUACACAUCAUUGAGAAAUUGUUUUGAAGCCAGUAGUUCAAAUUCAAUAAUAGGCAUGCAGCAGCAGCAGCCAUAUUUUAUUGGUGAAGCCAGCGGCUCAAUGGCGCCCAUGCAGCAGUACAGUAAUAUUGGUUCUUUUGGUGAAGAAGAUGAAGAUCAACAGCUGCGAUCACAAACUUAUAAUUUUACACAAAACAUGAUAGAGAUGCAGCCAGAAGAAGCUUCAUAUGAUUAUUAUCAUCCUUAUCGCUUCGAUUAUUAUUAA